ACACACUUUUUAAGAGAAGAAAGUGUCUCCAAAGUCCCACAGACCAAGCAGAGAUUUACAUUUCCCGAUUAAAAUAAAAGAAGCUCGGACCAUCGGAUUUACGUCUUUACUGUAUUGGCACCGGCGUGCGCGCGCACCGCUCUUCGCCAGCGCAGAGGUUGUGUACGGGCUGCCAUGUGGUAACUGCGUUCUUCAGUGUGUAGGAGAGAGAAAGAGAGGGAGUGAUGCAGCCACAGCACUGUGGAGUAGUAAAAACCUCGAGGGUUCUUUUGAUUUCUCUGGUCGUCCUCGUCCUGACGUCAGAAGUUAACGCGGGUGGUAAGAAGCACAGUGGGAUAUGUGGGGGAAGAGACUGCAGUGGUGGGUGUCAGUGCUUUCCUGAAAAAGGUGCAAGGGGUCAGCCAGGCUUGCUUGGCCCUCAGGGCCCUCAAGGGCCUCCGGGACGUACAGGUGAUCCUGGCUUGGAGGGUUUUAAGGGAGAGAAGGGUACGUCGGGUGAAAAAGGCAUCACAGGACCGAAAGGAGCUCAGGGAAUGAUAGGAAGUCCAGGGUUUCCGGGAGCAAAUGGUAUUCCAGGUCACCCAGGGCAACAAGGACCUCGAGGAAAACCUGGUGCUGAUGGCUGUAAUGGAACUCGGGGAGACCCUGGAUUACCUGGCAAUUAUGGGAUUGAUGGUGCUUUUGGAGAAAAAGGUCAGCCAGGCAGGAAGGGUGAGAAAGGCGACUCCUUGGAGAUUAGCGUUUAUAUGGAGAGAUUCCGGGGUGAGCCAGGUCUUCCAGGAUAUCCAGGACAUAUAGGCCCUGCUGGUGCAAAAGGGUUUCAAGGACGACCAGGUAUCAUGGGUGCUAGGGGUGAAAAGGGCUAUAGAGGACCUCCUGGACCAAAGGGCACUCCAACUGUAAUUCUUAAAGGAGAAAAAGGAGAACAGGGGGAGGUUGGAGCUCCAGGGCCACCAGGGCUUCAAGAAUUGUUGGAACCACCAUUGCAAGGCUUCAAAGGCGAGAAAGGUUUUAAGGGUGAACCAGGAGAUAUAGGGUUUCAUAUCAAAGGAGAGACAGGAAUAGUUGGGCCUCCUGGUGAACGGGGAUCUCCAGGCUUUCCUGGGGUGCCAGGAAAAAAGGGUGAAGCUGGGGAUGAUGGUAAUCAUGGACAGCAAGGACAAAAGGGGGAACUAGGAGAGGCAGGAGAGCUGAUCUAUUCAAAUGGAUAUAGUGAAGUUGGCCCACCAGGUCCGCCAGGAGAACGUGGAUCACCAGGGUCUGUUGGCCUCAAAGGAUAUAAAGGAGUUCAAGGUCCCCCUGGGAAAGAUGCUACAGAACAGCUGUUAGUAGAACCUGGCCCAUUUGGGGAACGAGGGGAAAAGGGAAAUAAAGGUGAUGCUGGGGAACCUGGUAUCCCAGCCUCAGAGCCUGGGCCUCUGGGCUUUGAUGGCUUACCAGGACCACCUGGGCCAGCCGGACCAAAAGGAUCAUGGAGAGUGUUUUUUAAAGGGUCCGAAGGGCCACCUGGACGUCCAGGAAAUGCUGGAGUGAAAGGACACAAAGGUGACCAUGGUCAUUGCGAAUGCAUUUUGCAAACCUCCCCUCGUGGACCCCCUGGCCCUGCUGGUGAUCAGGGUGACCUUGGAAUAGAGGGCGAGUUGGGUCCUCAGGGUGAUCCAGGAGACAUGGGUCUCAAAGGAUUUAGUGGUCUGCCUGGCUUUCCUGGGCCACUAGGUUUUCCUGGACCUAAAGGAAUUAAGGGAGAUAAAAUAGAGGUUAAAGAAAAAGGAGCACCUGGAGAUCCAGGAGACCGAGGGGGACAAGGUGAACAAGGAACUCAGGGCAGACCUGGGACUAGUGGAAUAGAUGGUACCCCUGGGUUUGAAGGCCUUCCUGGAGAAAGGCCAGUUGGUGAACCUGGAGAUAAGGGUUACCCAGGCAAACCAGGUCAACGAGGCAUCCCAGGACAAGAAGGGGAACACGGUCAAGUAAUCGGAGGUGUUAAAGGUGUUAAGGGUAUAACUGGUGAUGCAGGAUUAGAUGGUUAUGAUGGAAUCCCUGGCCUACAGGGUCCUUCAGGAGACUGUAGUCUACAAGGAGAAGGAGGCAAAUGGAUUACAGCAGGGGAUUGUGAAGCAGUUUCUGGACCUCAGGGGGAGAGAGGACCUCCAGGGCAGCCUGGAUUGGAGGGAAUGCCAGGAUUACCUGGUCCAAAAGGAUUUGCAGGAGAUAGAGGCAAGAUAGGACCUCAAGGAGCUCAAGGAGACCAGGGAUUUGGUGGCCCCUCUGGAAAACCAGGUUUUAUUGGACCCCGGGGAGAAGCUGGAAGUACUGGACCAAAAGGGUUGAAAGGUUCUUCUGGUAUACCUGGUAGGCCAGGACUUAAUGGUGAACCUGGACAAAAGGGUCCUAAUGGUGAAGCACUAGGAGCAUCUCCUGGGCCCCCAGGUGAACGUGGACCACCAGGACAGCAGGGGAUAAAAGGUCCCCCUGGAGAUCCUGGCACAGCUGGAUACCCAGGUAUGGAGGGAAUGCCAGGAAUGGUUGGGAAGAAAGGUGAAUCAGGUCCCCCAGGCUUACAGGGAGAAAGAGGAAAACUUGGACCAGCAGGAACAUUUGGGUUUCCUGGGAAGCCUGGUCAGAUAGGAUCCUCUGGACCUCCUGGCAAAACUGGACUACCAGGGCCUAGUGGAGAAACAGGCCAUCGAGGAAAUGUUGGUCCUCCAGGUCCCAUAGGAGUAAAAGGUGUUAAGGGAGAACCCGGAAGUGAUUCAGGUCCAGGAGAUUAUGGAACACGUGGAGAUCCAGGAGACCCUGGACAUGUAGGGAGGACUGGUGUUAUUGGGCUUAAAGGUAUAAAGGGCUCAGAAGGCAUGCCAGGUUUCCCAGGAAUGGUAGGAAAUCCUGGUCUAAAAGGCCUUUCAGGAGAGAUAGGGCCAGUAGGAUUUCCAGGACUAAAAGGAGAGAAAGGAGGCUUGGGCCUACAGGGAGAAAAAGGUGAAAGAGGAGUUAUGGGCCCUCAAGGUAACAUGUCUGUUACACAACUUAGACACAUGAAAGAGGUUAUGAAGGGUGCAAAAGGUGACCAUGGACAUGAAGGAGAUCCAGGUUUCACUGGUCCCCGAGGUUUCAAAGGUGUGCAAGGGCUUCCAGGAAAAGAUGGGUCCCAUGGAUUACCUGGUCUACCCAGCAGUACAAAAGGUGUGAAAGGACAGACUGGAGCUCAGGGGCUUCCUGGUCAGAAAGGGAUGCCAGGCAUUCAAGGGCCUCCAGGAAUUCAUGGAUUUCAUGGAUCAGCUGGAACUAGGGGGGACAAAGGUUCACCUGGUGCUUAUGGACCAACAGGUGAAGUUGGAUUCAAAGGCAUCAAAGGUGACCAGGGUGAUGUUAUCGAUCUUCCGGGAGCCACAGGAAUCAGGGGGGAAACUGGGCCUCUUGGACCUUUAGGUCAAAAAGGUUCCAUAGGUGACCCUGGAGUUACAGGAACUCCUGGUUUCGAUGGCAUUGUCGGAAUUAAAGGGACUCAGGGUGAGCCUGGAAGACAAGGCUUACCAGGUGCUGAUGGUCAACCUGGGUUUCCAGGAAACCAGGGUUCUAAGGGCUGGCCUGGACCACCAGGAAAGGCAGGGGCCCCUGGUAAACAAGGUCAUUUGGGACAAAUAGGUUUUCCUGGCUUUGAUGGCAUUUCAGGAUUGCAUGGCCUUAAAGGUCAAAAGGGCCUUCAAGGUGUUGCAGGUCUUGAUGAUUGGGGGGAACCAGGUGAGGAUGGGGUAAAAGGAGAGAAAGGAAAUGCAGGUAUUCCCAACACAGAGGCCGGUAUCCCUGGAGCUCAUGGGCUGAAAGGUUCAAUAGGAGAUCCAGGUGAUCAGGGUGAGCCAGGCCCUCCAGGAGAGCAAGGGCCGCCAGGAGCACAGGGAAUUCCUGGCAGAAAGGGUCUAUCAGGGGACCCAGGUUUACCUGGUCAGAAAGGUUUUCUAGGCCCCCCCGGAAAGAUUGGUCUUCCAGGUUUUCCAGCUCCACCUGGAACUAAAGGAGAUCGUGGCACUCAAGGCGAUCUUGGCUUCUUAGGACCAAAAGGGCUAUUAGGAAACACAGGAGACAAAGGAUUUUCUGGAGAGUCUGGUGUACCAGGAGGAAAAGGUAUAAAGGGAGAAAUGGGAGACAUGGGUGUCCCAGGACCGACUGGUUUACAAGGUGACAGAGGCCCUGCUGGAUCAAAAGGAGGAACUGGACCACCAGGUCCUCCUGGCCUCCCUGGUGCCAAAGGACUCCCUCCAGUUCCUGUGAAGGUGCCAGGGGAGAGAGGGCCCCCUGGUCCACCUGGUAACCAAGGAACACAAGGAGUAAGAGGGGAGUUAGGCCCUGUGGGAGACCCUGGAGAUCAGGGUUAUAAUGGACCACAAGGGCAAAAGGGGAUGCCAGGGCUGCCUGGAAUACCAGGAACACCAGGUUUCCGUGGGGAUGAUGGACCAAUCGGACACCAAGGUCUUCAGGGUCUAGAAGGAAACCGUGGCCGUCCUGGUAAUCCUGGUCUGCCAGGUAUGCCUGGACGCAGUGUCAGUGUUGGGUACCUUCUGGUGAAACACAGUCAGUCUGAUCAGACUCCAAUGUGCCCUGUUGGAAUGUCCAAAUUGUGGGAUGGCUACAGCUUACUUUACUUUGAAGGGCAGGAGAAAGCUCAUAAUCAGGACCUAGGUCUGGCAGGCUCUUGUCUCCGUCGUUUUAACACCAUGCCAUUCCUGUAUUGCAACCCUGGUGACGUAUGCUACUAUGCUAGUCGUAACGAUAAGUCCUAUUGGCUCUCCACUACUGCCUCUAUUCCCAUGAUGCCUGUGGAAGAGUCAGAAAUAAAGCCCUAUAUCAGCCGUUGCUCAGUAUGUGAGGCUCCAUCAGUGGCUAUAGCUGUACACAGUCAGGAUAUAACUAUCCCACAAUGCCCUGCAGGCUGGAGAAGCUUAUGGAUUGGCUACUCCUUCCUUAUGCAUACAGCAGCUGGAGAUGAAGGAGGCGGCCAGUCUCUGGUGUCUCCAGGCUCAUGUCUGGAGGAUUUCCGCACCACUCCCUUCAUUGAGUGUAAUGGAGCGAAGGGUAGCUGUCACUACUUCUCUAACAAGCACAGUUUCUGGCUAACAUCCAUUGACCAGUCUUUCCACAGUUCCCCUGAGUCUGAGACACUCAAAGCUGGACAGCUCCUCUCGCGAAUCAGUCGAUGCCAAGUCUGCAUGAAAAACCUGUAACUUGUAUGAACUUGAUGGUGUAGCCAUUUUUGUGUGCAGCUCAGUCCAGAACGCCUGGUAGGGUUUCACAGAGCUCAUAGUAACUACUAAGUUGAUAAACCAAACAGGAUUGUUGACAAAGAUUUGGUUAACAGCUCACAUAAAUUGUGUAAUUACAUACUUUUACACUAUCAAGGAGAGUUUUUAGUAUUAGUUUUUUUUUCUUCUUCAAUAUGUACCCCUCCCUAUGUGCCUAAGGACUGAAGAUGUGUAAAUGUGUUGAAAGGAGAGGUCAAAGAAGCAUCAGAAACUUUAGAAUUGUUUUAACUUUACUCAUUUGAAAUGGUGCUUUUUCUAACUUAUUACCUCACUCAUCAGCGAGAUUGUGUAAUUGAUAUUACAAAGUACAUCAUACAGCAAAACCAAAGACGCCCAUAUUAAUGCACUGCUUCCCUUAUAUUCAUCUAUGUGUCACACUUCCUGUAGCCCUUAGAACCUCUGUGUGAGUUAUUCAACAGCCAAUUGCCUUUCACUAUAAACUAUGUUUAGUUUCAAACGAUACUUUCACCUUAGUGUUGCUUUAUUUGUGUUUUUAAUCAGUAAUUUGAUCAGGUAUUGAACUCUAUUUUACUAACACUCUUUACCAAAUGUACAUUUUGUUUUGUGGGGAAUUUGCACUUGAAAUACAGUAUGUCAGCAUGAUCAUUAGUCUAUGCUUCCUCAACAACUUCUGAGCACCAGCAUGCACCUCUUCACAUUGCUACAGAACAGCGAGACGUUCGCUAAUAUGCAAACCACAAGAUAAAACUGCAAAAUGCCAUUUAGAACAUCAUGUCUUACUGAACUAAGUUUAUGGAUUCAUUUGUUUCUAUUCUGUUACACAGACUGCACUGAUACCUAAUGAGAGUUGUUUUUUCUUGUACAGUUAAGAAAUAAAUGAAUAAAUUGUUUACUACAGAAAUCACAUCACAAAAUCUGAUAUUUAAUGAUAAAUAGACCAAAUUCUUCAGGUGAAUGACCCGAUUUGUACUUUGAUCAGCCAUGCAUUCCAUUGCCACUCAGAUGUGUAUGUCUAGUAUAGCAUAGCAUAGCAUAGCAUAGUACUUGUCUGACCAUAAACAAGUAAAAGGAGUUUAAACAAUGGGUCGUUGAAUUAAACAUUAACAAGUUAACAGUGUAUUUAUGUGGAAUAUAUUUUUAGACCAUGUUCUGAAUAAUUGUGACUGUUAGCCUUACUGAACAUCAACAAAAUAAAUGCUUCUCUUUGUACACA